GAAGGAAGAAUGGAGUUCCCAGACCAUAGCCGCCAGUUUUGCAUGUGUCUGAGUCAGCAGCGUCACCAAGGUUUCCUCUGUGACUGCACUGUUCUUGUCGGUGAGGCUCGAUUCAAAGCGCACAGAGCCGUGCUGGCCUCCUGCAGCAUGUACUUCCAUCUCUUCUACAGGGACCAGCUGGACAAAAGGGACGUUGUGCAUCUCAACAGUGACAUUGUGACAGCCCCGGCUUUCAGUCUGCUCCUUGAAUUUAUGUAUGAGGGGAAGUUGGAAUUCAGCACUCUCCCGGUGGAGGAUGUCCUGGCAGCAGCCAGUUACCUCCACAUGUAUGAUAUUGUGAAAGUGUGCAAAGGCAAGCUGAAAGAUAAGGAAUUCUCCUCUCUUGAUGAAAAGAUGAGCGAAGGUUUGGGACUCAGCUGUCUGGACAGGGAGAACUCCUCAGAUGGCGAGCUGCACAGUAAGCAGCUCAUCCGGCGACUGCCCCAGACACAGUCUCAGGGGCUUCACAGGCCCCCCCUGGCACAAGAGUUUGACACAGACAACAGCGAAGUCAGGCUGGCUGCAGAUUGUGAUAGGUCUACACAGAGCAGGCAGAAGGCAAACGGUCACUCUGGCAGGUCCCCGGACCUUGUAGGUGUCAAUUAUGUGUCAGCGGAGGCCGAGCCCUGCGUCCAAACAGCUGGAAAAACAAAAGCUGAUGUCAGUAGUUCCACCGUAUCGCUGUCCCAGAGGUCCCCUUCAGAUGACAUGGACUGUGCACUGGAUUUGUCUUUCAAGCCUCUGUCUAGCAGAGAUCCCUUACACCCCUCCUACGUCUCGGGACAGCUGGCCCUCGACAGCCAGCAGCAGGGCACUGAGCCACUUGUUAAAGACGAACACGACUUGCUGUCAGAGCAGGAGGACAGUGAGCCGAUGAGCCCUGAGAGCCAGCGCUUUGGGAAUAGUGCCAGGAGCUCGGUGGUGACAGGGUUCGCUGCCCUCUUCCCAGGCAACAACGGCUCCACAGCCGCCCUGCUCUCCCAGGAGGAAGACCUGAUGGACGAGGAGGGGGAGGCCUGCAGGGGGAGGGAGGGCGCCCCGGGCAGGGAGCUAGAGGAGAGGAGGGGGAGGCUGCUAGGGGACAGCGAGGAGGAGGAGGAGGACGACUUGGCCUCUUCAGACAUCUCCACCUCCAGCGGGGUGCUCCUGCCCCCAGGCCAACAGGUGUGUGUGUGCCCCCUCUGCAGCAAAGUCUUCCCCAGCCCCCAUGUGCUGCAACUGCACCUCAGCUCACACUUCCGCGAGAAGGACGGUGCCCGCUCCAAGCUGUCCCCUGACGGCUCGGUCCCCACCUGCAUGCAGUGCAACAAGACCUUCUGCAUGUACACUCUUAAACGCCAUGAGCGCACACACUCUGGCGAGAAGCCAUACACCUGUGGCCAGUGUGGCAAGAGCUUCCAGUACUCCCAUAACUUGAGUCGGCAUGCUGUAGUUCACCGUGAGAAGCCUCACGCCUGUAAGUGGUGGGAAAGGCGCUUCACCCAAUCUGGAGACCUGUACCGCCACAUCAGGAAGUUUCACUGUGGCCUUGUCAAGACUCUUGCCAUUGGAUAAAACACCUCCCACCAGUGCCACAACAUGAGACAAGAAUGUCUUUUCAUACACUGAAUUCUACUACUGAACAGUGCUUUAUUCAACACACUCAUUUUCAGUUUGUUGGGAGACAUAUCAUUUGGAUUCUACCCCAUGUGGCAUUUGUCGAGUUAAAGAUGUAGCAACUGUUAAACUGGAGCUGUUUUCUGUGCGUAGACGUACGUGAUGGUCAGAGGUUGUUAGGAGAAACAUGGCCGCUGUGAAACUCAUGCUGGAUCUGCUGUGUGGAUGAAGGUGAACAAAUCAGAUGAUGCACUUGUUUGUUUCUGUCUUGUUUGUGUCAAUCUGUUGAGUUUAUUUGAGGAGUAUAUUUGCUGAAAAAAAAAAAAUCUAUGUUCAAACCCUAUGGGCUAAAUGCUGAUAGCUACUGCUAACAUAGUUAAUACAAUCUUCAGAGAGAAUGAGACUUUUAUUUGUGCACAUGGGAGAUCAGAACCGUCCGCGUAGCAAUAUAUGAUUUUUUUAACUCCUAUAUUAUAUUAUUAUUAUUAAUAUUUUAUUUAUUUUUGGGAGAUUUGUUUAGUCCUUAACAAGUAAACUAUCAUGAGGCAGCAAAACUAAUGAAGUCGACUACUGGAAGUUUCUUUUUUAUUGGAAGGAGAAUAUUUUUGUCCUGUUAAAAUGAAGUUGUUUAUAACAAGAGACAAGCAGACCAUCACACCACCACAUUUCUUCUUGCCUUGGGGAGCUUUGCUUGCUCUUUAGUUGCCAAUGUGAGCAAGCACAUGUUGAUGGAAUGACCUUGUAAUUGCUACUUUAAAGAAAGUUGUCUAAUCAGAAGAGGGGCGGAGAGUGGUUAAAAGCUAACGCCUGGAACACUGGUGCCUACUGAAAUUUCAACACUCCACCUCAUGUGCUUACCUAAACAAGAAUGAAACAUGUCUUGUGUUCAAAAUCAGUCAGUUUUCAGGCCUUAUAUAAAAGAAAAAAAUGGAUGACACUCCACAUACCAGGUGGUAACAAAGGCAUCUGUCUGAUCUGGACUGAGUGCCCUUAAAAAAUGUUCAAGAAUGUAAUCCAAACUCUUCUGGAGAAUUUUUUUUAUCAGCUUGUUUGAUUUGUAAGCACAUAUUUUCCAGUGAAUUGCCUUGUUGUUUCCUGGUAUGGCGUUAAGAGUGCACCGUCACAGUGUCGAGGGCAGGAAGGAGACGAAGGUGAAUGAGUAGCGCUGUGCUCCUAGUGCCAUUCACAUAAACCUACUGACCUUUCUUUCUUUGAAUUAUCAUAUCUUCUUACUGUCUGUGUUACUACUGAUGAAGCUGGAGCCUUAAGUGAUGCUCUUUUUGCAAGAACCUUCAGGCCAGGAGAGGAUUUCUGGGUUCUUAACAGGGGCGCAGCACUGAAAGUUCAUGAUGUUGUUGUCUCAUCUGUCCUGAGAAGACUUGAUCCGAUUUAUUUAUUAGUUUGACUUGGUUCAGGGUUUACUGUAGGCAUAGUUUUUAUUUCUAUAAGCUUGAAAGACGUCAAGUCUUGCCUAGCGAUCUUGGUACUCAUUAUCUGGUAUUGGGGCUCAUUUUCUCUGUGCAAAUCAAGUUACUGUAAUCACAUUUAAUACACAGUGUAGAGAGAUCUCUGCGGAGUGUUCAAGAUUUGUCACAUGGAUCAUAGAGAAGCACUUGUUUUUCUAGCAUGCAUAUAGUUUCAACACUAUUGUCUAGGCUGCUAUUUCUUACUAUGUGUAUAUUUAAUGUAAAUAUAUAACCUAUUUAUCAAACUGUUUGUUUUUUCCGUGUUAAGGUGGAGAGAGUCAGGUGUCUUAUUACGGCUGCAGUCUCUUAAAGUGUCACAUUCUCCACAUGAAGUUUGGUUCGUCUUCCAUUCAUGAUCAGACCCACUACAAAUCAGAACAGUUCACACGGCUCUGACUGCUGUUCUCCCACAGGAGACAGUUGUUCACAAGCACAGCCACACUGAUACAGCAUUGGCUACCUAUAGAAACGAGACAAUACAGGCAUUGUCCCCCCUUCCUUACUCCCCACUGAAUCCCAGGUAGUUCUCAAGGGAUCAUUGUGUGUCUCCCUCCGAGCUGUUGGGAGAAAAGGCAGCACAGUUUUUUCUCUUUGCACUUUUUUCCUGUAUUGAAUGGAGCCGUUGGAAUGUGAGAAAUGUAUUUAGCAAAAGGGGAGCAAGGACACUGUAAACAGGUGUAUUGUUUGGAGGCAUCAAAGAACAGCCCCCCCUCAUAUCCCAGCAUGCAUUAGAUAAACGCUUCAUUUUCUCUACACGGAGGAGAUGCCACGGUGGUUUGAUUGCACAUCUAUCAAGAGAAUAUCAGAAUUAUCUGAGUUUUCUUUUUCCAAGUGAGACAGACAACAGCAUGUCUGGAAACUUUUACAAUGAAGGGUAGAUGUAGGUGCUGAUUACCUGUCCAUUUCAACAUAGACACCCUAAGGUGUGUUUUUCUGCCUUUUUGUUUCAACCACCCAGACUUCUUUCAGAACAGAAAUGAAUUCACAUUUCGUUUGCAUUUAUUUGGGAGAUUAUUUUUAAACGCAGGAGCCCGAGUCAAGGAGGAAUCAAACCAUUUCCUUCAGAAUUGGAGCGAUCUGUUCUCACUCUCCUCCCUGACGGGGGCUUGAGUGAACUUGGCUCGUGCAAAUUUCUGCAAGAAAUGUGAUUUGGCUUCCUGAUUACUUGCACAAACACUCCUGUUGUUCACGACUUUAAUCACUCCUGGUAGUGGUCGGAGUCAUAGAUAUGUUUCAGAUGAACUGUUAAUAUUGUAUAUUUCAAUCAGAUCACACAGGAAUGUAGGUUUUUCACUGUUUCAGUUUUUUUAAAGGAACAUUCUUAUGUGGUGCAAAAUGAGUAGCUUGGUUCUGUAAUGUACAUGUGUACACAGGUAGAAAACUAACAAUUUGUGAUUUUUUUUUUCCUUUUUAAUUGUUGCAGUCUUUAUUUAUACCUCCAGGAUGGUCACCAAAUGUGCCUUGUAGACACACAGAUAGGUGUUGCAUCUGGAGAAGCCCUUUUUCUAUAUUUACAUUUUGCCCUUGACUGCGGUGGUAAAGUUGGCAUCAUGGCAGCUGUGGUGACACUGACUGCUGUUUUUUCUAUCAUAUCAAAAUGUAAAGUAAGACAAACUAAAAGUUUGCAGUCUGAUCAUUUUUUGCUGCUUUGCGAGAGAUUACAUUGACAUUGUUUUGAGAUAUACUCGACCGUCUUUUAUUUCUGUGAAUAAAUCUGUUUCUUGGACAUAUUCAACUGAAGACAAGCAUUUUUGUGAUUUGGCGUUUAGUCAGCCGAUACUACUGGGAACUAACAUGUCAGCUCCUUUGGUUAACGUCACUGUUGAAUGUGAAACACUGAGAUUUUGACUGUUGAAUGGAAACAGUGCUACUCUUGAUGGAGGGCUAUGUUCGCCUGCCUCAUGCUGUAUGAUCUUUAAGUCUAAAAACGACUGGAAUUCUGUCCUCUGCAGGUUACAACUGUGAAAUUGUGUAUAAUCAUGAGAAAUAUUUAUUAUACAUUUGCUUCUUGUGCAACAUUUGACUGGCUCAGUUUUAAUUUGGUAAAAAAAAAAACUUCUAAAUGUCAAACGAAGAUCUUUUUAAUAGAAUUUGUAGAAGUGCCAUUAGAAUUUAAUAUAAUUUUUAAUAAGAAAGGUAUAUUUUAUAGUAAUCACUUGCUUCAGUGUUAGUGGGGUAGAGAUUUAGAUGACAAUCUUUAUGCAGAAUUGACAUUGCUUAGAUAUGAAGGCAAUUUAAUUUCAUCUGUAACUGUAUGUGCAUUUUCUUUGUUUGCGCUUCUGGAGUGUGCCUGUGUGUGUGCUGUGGAAAUGUGACAAUCUUGAUUUAGGUCUUUCUUAAGAUUAUGCAUAGAAUUAAAUGGAACAACUUUCA